AUGACUCUGAUGAUGAUGUGGACUAUGUUCAAGAAGAAGUUUCUGGCAGUUCAGGUAAAGAAUUCUGACAACAAAACAGAUUCCAAAGAGGAGAGCAGGUGUCCAAGAACUUCAGUAGCAAGUAAUCCCGUCGAUAUUGUGCCUGAAGAACGAGCGAGACUCACUGCGAGGGGGAAGCCGAGACCUGCGCGCCGCACCGAUUCUGAGGAAGGUGAAAGGUCUGACACAGUGACUCUGGUAAAGACACUGCUUGCAAAUCUGUCAGGAAAAGGCUACACUUUGUUUACAGACAGAUUCUACACGAGUCCAAUACUUGCUUCAGAACUGGAAGCUGCAAAAACUGCUCUUGUGGGAACAACAAGAAAAUCUAGGCAGGGAUUGCUUCGUCCUAUAAAAGAUACAAACCUUCAGCGAGGAGAACUUAUUUUCAGGCGUAAAGGAAAUAUGUUAGCACUGUGUUGGAAGGACAAAAGAAAUGUGCAUAUGAUAAGUACAAGACACACUGCUGAGAUGGUCACUUUCACUGAUCAGAAAGGAAGAGAGAAGUCAAAGCCAGCCUGUGUAGUGGACUAUAAUAAAAACAAGUUUGGUGUUGACUUAUCAGAUCAGCGACUGUCAUACGGCGCAUUUGAACAUCGCACUGUGAAGUGGUGGAGAAAGUUGGAACUCCAUGUUAUACUAAUGGUGAUUGUAAAUUCCUGCAUAUUAUAUAAUAAGGUUACUGGAAAACACCUCACAACAUCUCACUUCAUGACAGUUAUCUGUGCAGAUCUUGCACAAAGCAAAUAUCUUAAACCCCGACCUAGUCCAUCCGGACUCUCAAGACUAUCAACUGGAAAUCAUUUCCUGGAAAAGAUUGAGACAGAAGUAGGUAAGAAAAAGAAACAAAAACAGUGUGUAGUGUGUUAUCUGAGAGGAAAAAAACUGACUGGAAAAGUGUGGCGAAAAGACACAAGCUACCAGUGUAGUGAAUGUAAAGUAGCAUUGUGCAAAAUGCCGUGCUUCAAAAUUUACCACACAAAGAGCAAAAUUGCAUCCUAA